ACGCUGGAUAGCGAACGGCGCGUUCGCGCGCGACGCCACUCGUUCCCCGCUCGAGAAAACGACGACGACGGCGACGACGCACGUCGGAGUCCGCGCGACGCCGUGAAGUCGCAGCGACGCGACGCGACGCGACGCGACCCGCGAAACGAUAUCUCGGCUCUCGCCUAGCCUGGCUCGGCUCCGCAGGCCGCAUGCGAAGGAGAUAACCCGGAGUGUGUGCGACUUACUCCGGAGGGGGAAGCGCACCGCGGCAUCGACCACGGCGAACGCGGAGCGGCGGCCCGAGGUCCGAAGGGCGGCGCGUAAACAAAUGCUGUAAAAAUGCCGUCGUUGUUGGAAGCGCUGGAGCUGAAGUACGGCAGCUCAACGACGGACUGCUCGUUGACGGACGAUGAGGCGGAGUCCGGGUCGCCAAAAGCCGCCCUGUCGGUGAGCAUCUUCAUCCCCAAGAAGUCUCCGCGGCACACGGUGCCGGCGCUACUGGUGCUCCAGGACUGCGACAUCGAGUCGGCGGGCAACGACGCCGAGAAGCUGCGCAGCAAGUGCAAGAACGUCGAGGAGCUCGACCUGGCGCAGAACAAGCUGUCGCAAUGGACGGAGGUGUUCGGCAUCCUGCAGCACAUGCCCAAGAUCAAGUUCGUGAAUUUGAGCUUCAACAGCCUCGCGGAGGUGCUGGAGAUCAAGCACGGCAACUACGAUCUUCUGAGGAACCUCGUGCUCAACGGCACCAGGGUGUCCUGGUCGACGGUGCAGGGGCUGGUGCGGCUCCUGCGCAAUCUGGAGGAGCUCCACUUGUCCUUGAACGAGUACAAAACGGUGGAUUUGGAUUAUCAAAAGCCGGAGAACGUGAACCCGGCGGUGAAGAAGUUACACUUCACCGGCAAUCCGGUGGAAGUUUGGAACGAGAUCUCGAAGAUAGGGUAUCUAUUUCCGAACCUGAAGAGCCUCGUUCUCGCCGAGUGUCCGAUCAGGUCGCUCGGCUUGGAGGAAAAUCAGAAUUUGCCGAGCGAGGAGGGCCGUCGAGCGAAGGAAGAAGGCCACGGGCAGGAUAGCGAGAACAUGAAUCACUUAGACACGGAUGAACACACUCCGUCGACGGACGAGAAGGGAAAUAGGAUAUUUGAGAACAAGGUCAACUACGAUAGAUCCGAGUCGAAGUCGGAAUCGAAUGGUACGAUCCAGUCGCCCCACGAUCCCUUCAGGAUGCUGAGGUUCUUGAAUCUGAACGGUACUCUGCUGUCGACCUGGGACGAGGUCGAAAGGCUCGCCAGGUUCCCCAUGCUGAAGUCGCUCAGGAUUCAAGGCUGCCCGCUUUUCGAGAGCCCACGAGAGUACACAGAACACGAGAGGCGGCAGCUACUAAUAGCCCGACUGCCGAACGUCGAGACUUUGAACGGCGGCGGCGUGAUAUCGUCUCAGGAGCGCGAGGACGCCGAGAGGGCCUUCAUACGUUAUUACAUGGACAAACCGGAAGCUGAUCGGCCCGAAAGGUAUUCCGAGCUCGUGGCUAUUCACGGAAAGUUGGACCCCUUGGUGAACGUAGAUUUGACACCGGAGAAAAGGGUCAAGGUCACGUUCACUUAUGGAGAUCUCGUCGAGGUACGAUCGGUAGAUGUAUAUAGAACGGUUUUCGAAUUAAAAACCAAGUUGGAAAGUAUGGUGAAAAUUCCUGCCAAUAGAAUGAGGCUUUUCUACGUUGAUCAGGAGAUGAAGGCGCAGUAUGGACCGGAGGAAAUGCUGUAUCCGAACAAGCAGCUGUAUCGAUACAACAUUAGGAACGGCGACGAGAUCAUCAUCGACAGCAAACUGAAUCGAUUCGCGUCAACGUCUUCGGCCACAUCUUCCAUUCGUUCCUGAAGAAGAACGAUGAGUGAGUCGCGUGGUAUUGAAGAAAUCCGAUAACUCCUCGGAUUUUUUGAUCUCCACUUGUAGCCUCACGACGCGACGCUCGUCGGUACGAAUCGUAACGACACUGUUACAGAUCAAAGAGAGAGAGAGAGAGAGAGGCACGCGUGUACGUACGGUUUUCACGAGACCGCGUUUGUUAAUAAUCGCGGGUCCGAAAACCGAGAACUGUUGACACAGUCCGGAGGCGGACGAAUGUUCGAGGGCGAAAUGUUUCCCUACGUGGAAGUAUAUGAGCUAAAUGUAUAGAAUUAGGGACUUGCGGAUGUUCGAUGUUACCUUAAACCGCAAAUAUUUGAGAAACAAUAGUGUGGACAGACGAUAUAUACGAGAAAAAUUCGUGAAUUGGCGAAAACUCUAUCGAGAGGCGAAAUUAUCUAAGAGCGUCAAGUGUUUCUUUAAACAAUGUGUCUAAACUUCUAAACACUUUUUUCUAAAAAUCGAAUUACCACCGUCAAUGCAAAUGAUCAUUCGACGCGAUUGUUAGAUUAAUUAUUUCUUCGCAUAACAAACUCAUCCGAGAGACCUCGACGUAUAAACUUAAAACCGCUACUAACGAGCCUGGUGCAUAGAGAAUAAUUAUUGUGUCCAGUGUACACGCGUACACGCGCUUAGAUGGGUAGUUAGCCGUCUUUUUCUUUAAGUAGUAAGUCUCGUCUGUCUUAGGAGACGAAGAGCGUGUGUGGGAAAGCAGAAUUGUACAUAGCGAAUUUCAAUUUCCAGCCAAAUUCGAUGUAGCUGCGACGCGAGUAAAGGGGGAAAACCCUAAUCCCGAGAAAGCUCGACGCGAAAGAAAGUGAUAGGAACUCGUAGAAGAGGAUAAUUCGACUCAUCUUAGGACGGACAUGCCAACGACGACUUGUUGACGAGACCGCGCCGUCGAGGCUGCUGCUGACGAAGAGAACGAAAAUAUUUUUGUAGAGAUCGCGGGCAGCUAUCCUUAAAGAAAGUAUAAGAUUCGCUCGUACCACGAGGACGAACGCGUUUUGUUGCCCCUCGCUUGUGCACCGAUGAUGAAAAGUGUGUAAUCGCAGUCGCAGCCACGUAUCCGCUCGCGCUCGCGCGGCUACUCUUUCGCGAAACGCGCUCGUUAAGAGAGACAAGGGGGAGACCUUGCGCGAAAUUUCCGAGUGUUUAAGAGAAGUGGAAUGUAUUUGUAUCGCUGGUUCGCGAAAGCGUCGUCGUCCACUUACGGUGUCAUCUUGACAAAUGAUCUCUGUACUUUCCGAAGGUGAUACAUAUAUACUUACAAGCGAACUAUCUCUUCUGUAAAUUUUGCGCGAGAUUAAAACCUGCACCCGCGGUGAGUCACUCGUAAGUUGCGACGAGUAAACGAGUCCCGAGAGGAAACGCGAGAGAAAAUUGGUGAAAUCGUACAAGAGUUACGUUGCUAUCAUCUAUAUUUUCGGUAUGUACUUAACGCUAAAAGUACAAUAUCUUCACUUAUGCAAGACAAGUUCCAUAUUUUCGAGCGAUAUUACUUCUGUUAAUUCUAGGGUGUAUUGAGGCGUACAGCGCGGCGUAAAAUUGCACAUUAUCGCAAUCGUCACGAAGUGGACGGACGGAGAGAGAACGCAACACGUUAGACGACGGCGAUAGAGCGUGGAAUACAAAUCUCAAAAUGUGAUAACAGGGGCAGCAUCGAUUGCGAUUUACGAUACACGCGGUGUAACUUGCGGAUUCGCAGUCACUCUCGAAUCUCGAAAGUGUACAUAUACCUUUUCUUUUCCCUUCCCCGAAGCAUGUCUCACUUGCAUUUACAUAGCUUACCCCAAUUUUAGAGCAUCGAAACGAGCUCGCGAGAUGAAGCCAGGUAGAAUGUUGCGUUGCGUCGCUUUGUCCUUUGAAACUGCCGGCCGUGCGGGAAAUUUUCGGCCGAGCGUCGAAGAGAGGAAGCGCGGACGGUGUGUAACAAGUUUCGAUUUCUUUGCUCGCAAGCAAACCGAAGCUUGCGGAGUCACUUAGUGCCUGCCUUUUACGUACUAGCGUAUAACUCAUGAUACUUCUAACACUGCCCUGUGAAUACGUGAAAAACGUAAUUCGGGAAAGACAAGGCUCUCGGUAAUGUAUAGUAUCGAGAAACGUAGACCGAAUUUGGAGCAAAGCACAAAAAUCCAGUUGAUCAGGAUCCAUAAUAAAAUUUUAUUUAUUAUACAGCGUUAUAUUUCUAGUUAUAUUAAUUAAUUAUUAUUAAAAAAGCAGGUUUCUUGCCGAGCAUUUUUGGUGACAGAGGCUAUAUGUACAAAUUCGGAGGUUUUUUUUUAAUAAUUGCCUCUUACAGCACAAAAUGUCAAUAUUCCAUCAAUAUUACAGCAACGUUGCAACGUUCCAGCAAUAUUGCCUGUAGCAGCUUUGCAACGUUACUAUAUUGUUAGAGUGUUCUGUGCUAUGUAUGGGGCAACGUUGAGAAUCAGUUGGUUAUUAUUGCGGAAUAAUAUUGCUACUGAAGAAAUUCGGUCGGACGUUUCCCGGAAAUCGGAGGAGCACCGCGAUAGUCAGGAAAAUGCUGGCUGUGGGACUCCAACUGCCAACCGCCGUGCGUCCUACCUUCGCAGCACGGAGAGUGCGAGUCGUUUGGUUGAACAACGGAAAAUGAAAAUCAAUCACAAAGGAGGACAAGGACGGUACUGGCAGUGGGCAGUCCCACGACGCAUGUGUCUAGUCUCGGAAAAGGAGAACUCUGCAUUACUUUCAUUUUAUAAAAUACGAUCCUUUUUUUUGUGCUGGCGCAAAUGUACGUACUAACGAAAUAAAUCAUUUAUAUGACACAAA